AUGAAGCUCAACUUGAAAGUUCUUACCCUACUAGGGAUCUUCUCGUCUAUUCUCCUUGGUGUCUCGACAGCCCAGCAGGAUGAUGCCCUCGAUGUCGCGAUGAAGGCUGCAUUGAAGAGCAAUAACGUUCGUGGAGCAUCUGUGGCAUAUUACAAUGAAAAUCUUUCAACCGAACCAAUCCUCCGUGCUUACGGAACAACUAGUGCUGCUGACGAUGCUGAUUACAUGGAUAUUGAUACAGUUAUCAUGAUUGCAUCCGUCUCCAAGGUCAUGACCAGCACUGCGAUCUACAAACUCGCUGCUGACAACGUAAUCGGCUUGGAUGAUAACAUUUGCAAUUCCUUGCCCGAUUAUUACGAUGUUACUGCGUGUACCCAUCCUACCUAUAAAACUACCCCUAUCACAUGGAGAAUGCUAAUGACUCAUACUUCGUCCAUGGCCAAGGAUAUUCCAACUAUGGCCGAUGGUGGGAAUGCUGCGUAUGGGCCAGCAAAUGCAUACGGUGGCUCUGCAGUUGGAAAUCCGACUUGCCCCUUGACAGAUGUCAAAGGAUUCUACCGAGAUCUUAUGAUUGACAAGGAUACCAAGACAUCUGUAGGCACUUAUGAAAACGAUAUUAACUGGUUCGACCUUGGCGAGGGGAAGAUUUGGCUCAACGACAAGCCCGGUACCAAAAAUCAUUACUCGAACUUGGCCUUUGGAUUGGCUUCAGCACUUUUGGAACACGAGACAAAUACGUCUUUUGCUACAUACUGUAGGGAUAAGAUCUUUAAAAAGCUUGGUAUGACGAGCACUGCGUGGCACAGGAAGGACUUGCCACCUGACGCCCAUGAAACUGAAACAGUCCGAUUUGAAAAUAAUCAGUUCAAAGAUGAAGACUUGUUCUGUUUUGUUGACUACGCCUCUGGUGGUCUCCGAACAAAUGCUAAAGACUUCUCACUCUACUUGAAAGCAAUGUUGGAUUAUGGAGUCAAGUUGUGGUCAAAGGAGCUCGGUGAGAAAUCUCUGGAAUGUAGCGAACCUGGCAAAUCUGGCAGUGCGUGUGAUCAAGGAUUUGGCUGGGAGCUCAUGACCUACGAUAAUUCUCCCGAUUGGUUGUAUGAAUCGGCACAAGACUUCAAAUGGAAACACGCUGCAGGCCAUGCCGGUGAGGAAGCCGGGAGUCAAACACAAGUUGUUUUCUUCCCCGAAGAAAGAGUGUAUGCUUUGGUCUUUACCAACACUGGCGGAAACACCGAUCAGGCGGCGCAGAAUAUCAUGAAAGAUCUCUUGAAGGCAGCCCCUAGUGCUAUCACUCAGGGAAAAGCCUUGGGGGAUAUCUACGUUGCAGACCGUCAUAGCACAACAAAGCAGCGACCUGCCCAACGUACAAAGGAAGAAACCCGUCCAAUUCGGAAUAAAGAGGGCCCUCCCCGCCAUCCCAGGGCUAAGGAUGAACUCGAUGAUGCGUUGGAAGCAGUUAUGGAGGAAUCCAAGGUUCGCGGUGCUGCUGUCGCAUACUUCAACAAGGGUCUUUCAGAUGCACCACUCUUCCGCUCGUAUGGAUACGCCUCAGCUGAGGCAGACGCUCCAAGGAUUACUGAGGACACUGCAUUCAUGAUUGCUUCGGUCUCCAAGGUUUUCACUGGCACUGCAAUCCUGAAGCUUGCUGCUCAGGAUUUAAUCGAUCUGGAUGACGACAUUUGUGAUGCAUUGCCCGAUGAGUACUACGAUGAAUCUGCUUGCCGCAAUCCCAAGUACAACGAUACAAAGAUCACUUGGCGAAUGCUGAUGACACAUACUUCAUCGUUUGGGAGAGAAAUCCCAGGGCUCGAAAAUGGAGAUGCUCCAACUUAUGGACCAACUGGUGGAUGGGGUGGCGGGGCGGUUGGAAAUCCGGAAUGUCCUCUGACAGAUGUUACUGGGUUUUAUCGAGAUCUCUUGAUUGACAAGGAGACAGAAACAUCUGUAGGCACUGAUGGAACCAAUCUGAACUGGUUUGACCUUGGCGAAGGUGCUGUUUGGGAAGACUGGAAGCCAGCAACAAAGAAUGAAUAUUCCAAUCUUGCGACGGGAUAUGCUGCUGCGCUCCUGGAGCAUGUGACUGGUACUAGUUUCGAUGCAUACUGCAAAGAACACAUUUUCGAUGCCGUGGGCAUGGAUUCUACUGCUUGGUUCAGCGAGGAUCUACCUCCUGAUGUCCUCGAAUCACAGCCAAUCUCCUAUUCUGAGAAUACGACCGAAUGGGAAGACAUGGGGCAGUAUUGUUUCAUUGACUACGCCAGCGGCCAAUUGAGAACAACGGCUAGAGAUAUGUCACGAUUUUUGAAAGUUAUGAUCGAUUAUGGCGAUGGUAUGCUUCCAAAAGGGAUGGUGAAGACUGCGCUUGAGUGUUCCGAGCCCGGCAAGUCUGGUCGGGAUUGCAACCAAGGAUUCUCUUGGCUGCUUCUAGAUAAGGCUUCUUUCGCAAAAGAAGAUGAUUGGUUGGAACCGGUAACGGACUUGAACUGGGACCACGCUGCUGCUCAUGAUGGUUCGGAAUUGGGCAGUCAGACGCAAGUGGUUUUCUUCCCAGAAUCCAAUGUUUAUGCGUUGGUGUUUAUCAAUACUGAUGGGUAUGAUGACGGAGCUGCCCAAUACAUGAUGCAAGAGCUUCUAGCAACGGCUCCAAAUGUGAUGCUACAGGGAAGGGAAAAGGCUCGUGUUCACACACACAAGGAAGCCAACGUGCGUACUCACCACACUGGACGAAAUGAUGGAUAUUGA